AUGGCAGCUCCUCACAUUGCUGGCGUCGCGGCGCUGAUCAAGCAAAAGCACCCGAGCUGGACUCCGGCCAUGAUUUCUUCGUCCAUAAUGACUACUGCUUCGGUCGUAGACUCCAAAGGUGGUAUCAUCCAGGCCGUCACUGAUCACCUGGUGAUUGGAACACCUUUCGACUUUGGAGCCGGAUUUGUUAAUGUAUCAGCAGCACUGGAUCCCGGCAUUGUCUUUGACGCAGUCAAGCAGGCAACGCACUCCGAUUGCUCCAUAGCUAUGGACGCCGCCUAUAAUCUCAACUCGCCCUCCAUCACCGUCUCCAGCUUGAAAGGAAACGUUGUCGUCCAGAGAAGAGUUUCCAGCGUGAGCGACGUCGCGGAAACGUACACUGCUGCGCUGGUCCGGCCCGAAAACGUCACGGCGGACAUCGUGCCGGCUACUUUCACUCUUGGACCGCAUCAGGAAGCGUCAUUCGAGCUCCGCCUCGGCCUCACGGAUGGAAAGCUCCUCGCGGACUACGUUUUUGGCCAACUUAUGCUGGUUGGAGAUAGAGGACACUCUGCCCGAGUGUUUAUAACUGUGGCAUCCAAGUGA